GUAACAGCUGGAGGAUGAGUGCGGAUCAGAGUCAGUCGACACUGGAGGCCCGACUGGAGGCCCUGCAGUGUCACUUCACCUGGGAUCUGGAUCCCAGCAGGUCCAAACUUUUCCGUCUCAGAGACAAACUGGAGGACAUCGGCACCGAGGAGGGAUACAGCUGGCUGGGUCACAUUUACAACCUGCAGGGGUACACCCACUACCAGCUGAGGCUCACUGAGGAUGCCCAACGCUUCUUCGGCAGGGCUGCAGAGGCCUUCCGCCAGGUGAAAAACACCGUCUCAGACGAGGGUCCCUGGUUAGUGGUGAACUACGGGAACCUAGCUUGGCUGCACUACCACGAGGGAGAACAAGCAGAGAGUCAGGCGUACCUGUCAAAGAUCGACACACUGAUGAAUGAAUAUCCAUCUCCAUCCCAGGACGAGCUCCAUCCAGAGAUCUACGCUGAAAAAGCCUGGACCCUGAUGAAGUUCAGCGCGGACAAAAAGCUGCUGGCUGCAGAUUACUUCCAGAGAGCCAUCAGGAUGCAGCCGGACAUGGUGGAGUGGCACACCAGCCAUGUCUUAGCGUUAGUGAGUGCUUAUGACCACCACAACAAAGAGCUGGAGGCUGACAUCUUGGGGAAAAUGAAAGUCGCCAGGGAACAUGAUCCAGAGAACUUGUACCUUGCUGCUCUUCACAUUGAGGCCUGCGCUAAGAAAGGGAAAAAAGUACAAGCUGAAGCACGUGAGUUGGCCAGAAGAGUUUUAAGAAAGCCCGUCAGCAGCUAUAGUGGCAUCAAACCAUUACUGAGGCUGUACAGAAUCCAUGUAUCUAUGGAUGAGGCUAUUGAUCUGGCAGAGGAGAUUCUGGAAAGACAUCCAGAUGAGCGUUAUCUGAAAAGGUGCACUGCAAUCUGCUACAAGAGGAGGAUCCUUCUACACAAGGACAAUCCCCUGGAGCACAGCUUGAUCAACAGAGCAAUCAGUCUCUGUCGGGAAGUGAUCUCUCUUUACCCUCAGUCUUCACUUAAAAGAAAAAUAUCUCUUGCAAACAUAUACGGACACUCGAAUCACCAAGAUGAAGCUGACCAGAUAUACGAAGAACUGCUAGGAAGUGAUCUGGAUCCUGAAGGGUCACAGAUGCUUUUCAACUACUAUGCAAAGUAUGUACAUUUCAUUCGAAAGGAGAGCUACAGGUCCAUAGAAUAUCACAUGAGGGCAGCAAAGAUACCGUUUCAAUCUUACUUUCGUGAGAACAGCAUCAGAAUACUGGAGAAGAUUAGAGAAAGGAACAGAAACCGAAUGUGUGGAGAAAUAGAGGAGUUCCUGGAUAACCUGCAAAACUAAGAGCCUGUAAUACAGAGAGAGCGUCUCCCUGUACUGUGUUUGGAACAACAUCAGGUCUAAAUCAAGAAUAAUUAUUGUAGUUAAAUAAUAAUUAAAUUAAACUCUCUCCCCAAACAAAUCCGAGACUGUACUGAUCCAUCCAACUUCAGAUCACUGAUCAAAACUCACCUUAUCAGAACUGCUUUUAAUGAUUUUCAUAAUAAAUUAUUGUUGAGUGUU